UCGUUAUCUAACAUACAUGAGUCCCCGUCCCUCCACCAGCACCAAAAGGAAGAAGAAGACUGUUUGGGUUUUUAGUGCAAACGUUGUUGAUGAGCUUCUGGCUUUUAUUGUGGAAGCGGUCGUUUCCAUCCGCGGAAGUUGGACCCUGUUGUCAGCCGCCGCUGCUCUCAUGUUGUCCGAGACUCUGUUCGCGCUGGCGGCCGGACUCCUCGCAGCUACCGCCUCUCUGUCUGCCAAGCUGUCCCUGGGGACGGACGUCCUGGGACCUCCGUGUGAGGCCGAUGCUCCCGGGGGGGGCACAUGCAACAAAUGGCUCCACGUCCCGGUGCGGCUGCUCUGUGGAGCCCUGAUGCUCGGCUGCAACGCACUGAUGUGGACGUUCUUCUCAAGAGCUCUCCGUCACUCCUCCUCCUCAGCGAGGACCACCGUCACCACCAGCAGCUCCAGCUUCAUCUUCUCUGGGGUCCUGGGGCGGCUGAUGUUUGGGGAGAACCACGGGCCUCUGUGGUGGACCGGCAUCAGUCUGGCUCUGUGUGGACUGCUGCUGCUGCACGGAACACCGAGACCACCUGGAGACUGCAGCUCUAAGGACAAGUGAAGCUCCAGACUUCCUGACUGCUGGUGUUUAGGAGACGGCUCAAAAGUGUCGUCAGAAUCCUUUGGUCCAAAGCUAAAGCCUUGAAAACAUUCUUCAGCAAUGGAGAUAAUCACCUCAUGAGAAAAGUCUAUUUUGUUUCUUCUAGGUGCAGGUGUUCAUGCUGAAAUAAAUACUUCAGUCUGGUUUGAAA